UUUAAUAGUAAUAGAAAAUAAAUCGAUUCCAUGGGGACUGUACCAGACCCUCAGGGGUCUGAAAGAACGUUACUGGUUACCACCUCUGUGGAGGAAAACUGUGCUGAACCUCAUACACCACAUUCUGAUAUUGCCCAGUACAAACAGGCAACUACAAACAAGAAUGGCAGUGUAAUUACAAUAUCAGAUUCUAAGCCUAUAGGGAUUUGCUCAUAUGAUCUAAAUUGCAGCCAAUCUAUGAAAAAUCUAGAUAGUGAAAAGAUUUCUGAGGAUGAAAAACAGGAGCCUAACAAAUCAACUGCAACUUCUCAGACUUCUAGCCAAUCAGAGAUGUUGCCUUCCUUGAAUAUGGAGGCUUUAACCAAUAAAGAGUCACUAGUCAUAGAUAAAACCGUGCAUAUGUGCCCAACUAGUGACACACAGCUACUCUCAGAAACCAUUGCAGUAUCCACUGACGUAGCUAACUUAAGUUUAUCUAGUAAAAUACCUUCAACAGAAGAUAAUUCAUUGCAUAAAGAAAACAUUGUGGUAGAAAAGACAGAAUCAGGACCGAUGCAUUUAAAAGAUGAAAUCUGCGUAAUCCCAGAAGACAUAAAUAUUAAAGCAGAUCAAAAUAAAGAAGAAAAUGUGUCCUUACUUAGCCAAAAGACAGAAACUUUGAAUAAAAUAGAAAAUAUUGCAAAUGUAUCUAAUUUUGCAAGUAGCAACACAGUACAGGAGUGUGGGGAAACAAAUCACUCCAUAAAUGUAAUAUUUCCCCAACCUGAUGAAUGUUCACAGAUAAGCCUUGCAGAAGAAAAAAUAAAUAAUGCAGAAGAACAGGAAACUGGAGAAUACACAUUAUGUAGGUUUAAGGAAAAGGGCACAAUGACAUCACAUCCUGAAAAUUUGGAUGCUGCAGUGCAAGCUGUUGUAAAUGUAGAAAAUAAAUCUGUCUCAACUAGUCCAAGUAUCUUAUCUGCAUUUCUGAAACUUAAUUCUCCAAUGCGCCGACAAAGACAGGAUCAAGUCUGUUUUAUUUAUCAAGGAAACCCUGGAAAUCCUCAAAUGGACAGGGCAAAUUUUGCACUACAGGCACAGCUUUCUCAAAACCAUUUAGCACCAAAAGUGUGCUUUCAACCUCCUGAUGCACUAGGUUCUCAGGCUCUACAGCUACACACAAAAAGCCCCCCAGAUAUGGUUAGGCCUGGCUUUCAGCACCCUGACAAGGGAAGAAAUCCACAGCUUUUGUAUCGAAAUGAGAUAGAUGGGCAAAGUUUAUGUGUCAGAGAAGGUCAUCCGGUGCCACAGAUGCAAAUGGGUAAUGCUUCUCCAAUUUUAAUGAAUGUUAAGCCUGUUUACCAAAUAAAUGCAGAAAACAGUAACCAGCCAAAACCUUGUCAGCCAUUAAAGGACAUGUAUGGAGAUCCAUCACAAUUCAGACCAGCCCAUGAAAUUAGUAACAAACCCCGACUACAUCAUUUAAGUGGAAUAGAGAACAUUCAGCUGCACAAUGUUCCCCCAGACCCUGAGAAUAUGGAAACUCUUAGUAUUCCGGGGGACAUUAGUGGUGAUAGAAAACCGUUUCAUUUUAAAAUUACAAAUGAACAAGGAUCUACACAGACUAUUAUCACUACAGAUAUAAAAAAGCCAAAGAAGGAGGAUAGACCAACACCUCUUCAUGUGGAAGUAGAGGUGAACAGUAGUAUGGGGGCUACUGGCGGCCAGGUAGAUGAAAUCCUUGAAGUUUUGGUCAAAAAGGAACAAGAUGAUAGUGAAAAUGCAAAAAGAUCCAGCAGUCUAAGCUUGCAGUCUAGACCUGCAUCUGACUUUACUCAGCAUGCAGGGCAACUAACUCCACGUUUAAGGAAGGCUAGAGAAGAGAAGAAAGAGCCAGUAGUGAUUACUCUACCUACCUCUGAACAGCUGCCUCUUGGGAAAAAGGGUGCUCAAGCAAGUUCAAGCACAGAGUCAAAAAGUCAAGUAAAACAGUCAAAGAGUGUGAAAGAUGUUGUGUGGGAUGAACAAGGCAUGACAUGGGAAGUGUAUGGUGCUUCUAUGGACCCAGAAUCAUUAGGGAUUGCUAUACAGAAUCACUUACAAAGACAAAUUAGAGAACAUGAGAAAAUGAUCAGGGCUCAGUUAAAGCAGAAUCGAAAAUCAAUUUGUUCUGAUUCUUCAGGAAAAAAGCACAAAAGAAGACAGCACAGAGUUUUCCAGGCAUUACUUAAGAACUUCAGAAGACCUAAUUGCUGUGUUCGUCCUCCGUCUACUGCAGUGUUAGACUAACUGUACACUUGUGAACUGUUCAGUUCAAUGUUUCCCAGUUCCAGUCCUUAGGGACCCAAAACAUUAGGCACUUACUGUAACCACACAUCAACACAGGUUACUCGAUUAAAAAUGACAGAGACAUUGAAUGAACAUCUGUGGUCAGGGAUCAUCUGA